AUGGCCGAGCAACUGCUGCGACAGAAGCAAUGGCUUUUAUUAGUCAAACAUCCUUUCCGCAUCGGUAGUCUAUGCUCAACCAUAAUUUGGUGGCUUUUCUCCCUCAUCAUUCAUAAAGCCAACCUGUCUGCACAACAACCGGGGGCGGAUGCAGUUCAGCUUCCUUCAACAACUGCUGUUUCGGGGUGUGCAGCUACCACGAAGCAUUGA